GCACAGAGCGGCUCCGCCGGUCUGGGAGCAGCCCGGGCUCCGGCGGCCCCGGGAUGGCCGCUGCGGUGCCUCCCGAUGCGCUGGGUCGGCGGGUCGCCUGUGGCACCGACUAUGGGACCGUGCGCUAUGUGGGCAGCGUGUCUCCUACUGCAGGAAUUUGGCUGGGUGUGGAAUGGGAUGAUCCUCAGAGGGGAAAGCAUGAUGGCAGCUAUGAAGGAACACAGUAUUUUAAGUGCAGGCAUCCUAAAGGAGGAUCAUUCAUCCGGCCAAACAAGGCAAAUUUUGGAGUAGAUUUUCUUACUGCAGUAAAGGAUCGGUAUGGAUUGAACGAUAAGCAAGAUGCUCUGUGUGGGACAGGGGAUACAGUAGUAUUUGGAACGAAGACUGUGGAAUUUGUUGGCAUGGAUUCCGUUGCAGAACAGCAAAGACAGCUGAACAAACUGGUGGAUAUCUCAGUGCGUGAGUGUGCAGUGAGCCAUGCUGGUCAGGAAGAGGAAAUCAGCAGAACGUGUGUCAAUAUGAGGCAUAUAAACCUAUCAAAAAAUCUGAUAUCAUCUUGGGAGACAGUAAUAGCUAUUGCUUCUCAAGUUCAAAAUCUGGAAACACUUAAUGUCAGUGAAAACAAAAUGAGAUUUCCAUCUACAUCAACUUUUACAUCCAGUGCAUUUUCAAACUUGAAGAUUCUGGCACUUAAUCAAACUGAAAUAACAUGGACAGAGGUUCUUCUUUGUGCUCAAGGAUGGCCAGUACUUGAAGAGUUGUACCUUUCUUCUAAUAAUAUUACAGUUCUGGAAAGGCCUGAUAAUGUCCUGCAGACCCUGAAGUUGUUAGACCUUUCAGACAACCAGCUACUGGAUGGAAAUCAACUGCAUCUCAUAGCACAUCUCCCCAGAUUAGAACAGCUAAUACUUAGAAAUACUGGGAUAUCAUCUAUAUACUUUCCUGAUGCUGGAUUUGGAUGCAAAACUAAAAUGUUUCCUUCACUAAAACGCCUUGCAAUAAAUGAAAAUAAAAUAUCACAGUGGUCAUCUAUCAAUGAGCUUGAUAAACUGCCAAGUUUGCGGGCACUGCAGUGUAACAAUAACCCCAUCAUGGACACAGAGAAGAACCCAGAGACCCUGAUACAGCUCAUUAUUGCCAAGAUAAGUCAGUUGGAGGUUUUGAACAACUGUGAGAUCCUUCCUGCUGAAAGAAGAGGAGCAGAGCUUGAUUAUCGCAAAAUAUUUGGAAAGGACUGGCUAGAAGCUGGUGGGCAUUGGAACCCAGAGAAAAACAAACCAAGUGAAGAAUUUCUUGCUGCCCAUCCCAGAUACCCAAUACUUUGUCUUAAAUAUGGAGCACCUGAAGAAGGAGAACUGAAGAGACAACAGCCUUUGACUCUGAAAAAUCAGCUCCUGACUUUGACAAUUAAGUGUCCUGAGAAACCUGAACAGAAGCCAGUAGAGAAAAAACUACCAGAGUCUAUGACUAUUCAGAAGGUCAAAGGACUGCUGUAUCGCCUAUUUAAAAUUCCUGGCUCAGACCUGAAACUGUCCUACAAAAGUUCUAAAUUGGAAGGAAAAGAAGUCGAACUAGACAAUGACUUAAAGCCUUUGCAGUUUUACUCAAUAGAAAGUGGAGACUGUGUGUUAGUACGAUGGUAAGAAGGGACUCUCUUGCUGGACUGCAGGAAGAACUGACACAAGAACUGCAGAAGAGAGACAGACACACGGACAGCCUGUGCCUGAACAGACAGACAGGUGAAUAUGAGUUUCACAUACGUGGCACCAAAGGGCUGUACAAUUGUACUUUCAGCUCCUCAACUUGAUCAUCAGCCUCCAUGAAAACAUCUGCUCCUGUGUCCUACUGGAGAGAUACCAAAUAGUGCUUAAAUGCUUCAAUUAAAUAAAACUCAAGGUCAUCCUUUUGCCAAGAUUUUAUACAGCCUGCCCCCAGCAGUGGUGAGAAUUUGUUUUACUGAACCGAGUACAGGGCUGAGUUGUGAUCUCUUUGCUGUUAAGACAAGAUCAGUGCUGCACUGAGAGGCCACUUGCCCUUUGUUUUCACCUACAUCCAACAACCUUAAUGUGAACAAAACCCAGCAGUAUUUUUAGAAGCAUCUAUCUUAGAUGAUUAGGGUCAAAAUCUGCCAGACUUCCUUUCUACCCACAUUAUAAAUAAGUUCUCAGCACACUGCAGGGCAUUGCUAUUUAUUUUACAGUCUUUAGCAUACUGUUCCUCAAUCUUACUUUUCUUAUUUUACCUCAGAUCAUAUCUAGUCAGAGUGAGCUCUCAGAAAUCCCUCCUAUAUCAGGCCAAGCUUGCUGUACUUAAAGAUCUGGUAUAAGCAAACCUAGAUUUUUUUUUUUAAAUUUAAAAUGACAAAGGUAUAAACAAACCAAUCACAAAUCCUAACCCCCACUGCUGUCCCUGUUCCUGCACAGAUGAGGGCAAUCCCUCAGACAGCACAGAACCUGCUGCAGCAAGACUUACCAGCUGGUGCUGAGCACAACUCUCCAUGGGAUCCUGGAACACCCUAUCAAUCAAUCAAUCAAGUGGUAGUGCUUUAAUUUACAAAAGACAGGCUAGUUGGCAUUCUUAUGUGCAUUUAUUAAUUACAAGUAGGUCUUUGACUUUAUAUAAAAAGGAUUUUGUUUUUUUUAAUCUUGAACAUUUUGGUUUUUGUCUGAUGAACAUCUAUACUAUAGAAAAUGAAUUGUAUCAGUCCACUUGUAAUUAUCAAAAGGGAUGUGCAAAUAUUGUUAUACUUUAGUUGAAACCCAGCAUUAAAAGGUACCUUAAUA